CCAGCAUGACCGAGCGCCGCGUGCCCUUCUCGCUGCUACGCAGUCCCAGCUGGGACCCCUUCCGCGACUGGUACCCGAUGCACAGCCGCCUCUUCGACCAGGCCUUCGGGCUGCCGCGGCUGCCCGAGGAGUGGUCGCAGUGGUUCGGCCACAGCGGCUGGCCGGGAUACGUGCGGCCGCUGCCCGCACCCGCGGUCGAGGGCGCCGCGCCCGCCUACAACCGCGCUCUUAGCCGGCAACUCAGCAGCGGCGUCUCGGAGAUCCGGCAGGUGGGCGACCGCUGGCGAGUGUCCCUGGACGUCAACCACUUCGCCCCCGAGGAGCUGACGGUCAAGACCAAGGACGGCGUGGUGGAGAUCACCGGCAAACACGAAGAGAGACAGGAUGAGCAUGGCUUCAUUUCCCGGUGUUUCACCCGGAAAUACACGCUGCCCCCCGGUGUGGACCCCACCCUGGUCUCCUCCUCCCUGUCCCCUGAGGGCACACUCACUGUGGAAGCCCCUUUGCCCAAGCCAGUCACCCAGUCUGCCGAGAUCACCAUCCCUGUCACCUUUGAGGCGCGUGCCCAGAUCGGGGGCCCAGAAGCUGGGAAGUCGGAGCAGGCUGGAGCCAAGUAA